AAAGGUGAUAAACUGUUCUUCGCAGUUCAGGUCCUCGGGUUUUCAAUUUCAAGAAGAAUAAACAAGAGCAAACUCAGUACACAGCAGCCCGGCGCCGGACUCUCACGAAGAACAGCUCGGCCCCAAGGCCGAGAGGCCGGGGAAGGCCGCCUCCGGAGGAGCCCCCGCAGACGCCAUACUAAAAGCCAAAAUGGCUGCCCCAAGGAAGCCCGUACCGCGUAGCUAGUAAGGGUUGGAGAACAAGCUUCAGCGGGAAAGGGGGAGGGGGACCCUAGGAAGACCCGUCGCAGGACCAUCAUCCCCCGAGCCGCACAGGUUCCAAUGACAGCCAUCCCUUGCUAUAACUUUUAAACUGUAUUUGGAAAAACACUGGCCAGGAAAAAAAUGAUAAAAUUUUUCCUUAUGGUGAAUAAACAAGGCCAGACCCGACUUUCUAAGUACUAUGAGCAUGUGGAGAUUAAUAAGCGAACACUUCUGGAAACAGAAGUCAUAAAGAGUUGUCUCUCUCGAUCCAAUGAACAGUGCUCUUUUAUUGAAUAUAAGGAUUUUAAGCUGAUAUAUCGGCAAUAUGCAGCUCUCUUCAUUGUGGUUGGAGUUAAUGACACUGAGAAUGAGAUGGCUAUUUAUGAAUUCAUCCACAAUUUUGUGGAAGUUUUAGACGAGUACUUCAGCCGAGUGAGUGAACUAGAUAUAAUGUUUAAUUUGGAUAAAGUACACAUCAUUUUGGACGAGAUGGUGUUAAAUGGCUGCAUUGUGGAAACUAAUCGGGCAAGAAUUCUUGCCCCUCUACAAAUUCUUGAUAAGAUGUCAGAAAGCUGAAGAGAAGGCUCUGCCAGAUAGCAUCAAUUCAUAGGAAAUGUGAAGACCAUUUGAAAAGAAUAUGGAAGACUACCUAUUACGAAAUGGGGUACCCUUCCAAACAAUAUAAAUAGGUAUUUCCCACAGUUCCUAAAUGGAAAAUAAAGCUAUUUUAAAAUAUGUACAAAGAAAAAUCUUCUCUUAACUGAGGCAAGUUUUAUUUUCAGUAACUGUAAGUAUAUUUUUUUUCCCACUUCUUCAAAUUUUAUUGAGUACCUAAGAAAUCCUCUUUGGUCUCUGCUUCCCUUUGCAAAUUAAAUUCAGGAAUAGUAGGAUGGUGGUAAGAAGAAUGUGUGGCAGUUGUCUAUUAGCCAAUAAAAUUUGUAAGUUGACUUAAA